AUGCCAUGCAACAUACAUGGGGUCAUUAUCGAAGUAAAUUGCCUAUCCGAAAACCACAGCAAUAUUUUGUACAAAUGCUUGUCAAGCGAUGAGUCUUUAAAGCAGAAUGAAAUGUACAAACGUGUGAACAUAUCGGGAAGUCUCAUAAAAAUGUAA